UCCGAGAGAAAGACGAACGACCGAGCGAGAGAGAGAGAGGCGGAGAAGCUAGGAGACGCUACGGACAAACCGGUAAAGGGAUUGCGGCUCUCAAACUCACGAUAAAGACGGAGUGCUGAGGCUCGUUUUGAGGAAACAGAGGGAGCUGUGAUCGAAAAAAGGAAGGGGACGGCUAACUUUGACAGACCUGCACUGGCCUCCAGCAGCGGACGCGAGCCCGGGUUUUGUUUUUGAGAGACGCCAACAAAAACAGUGAUCUGAGGGAGCCUCCUCGUCGUCGCCGCACCGGAUUGUCACCCCUCCUUUGCCGCCGCCACCACUCGACCUGCCACCAUGACGUCAGAGCUGGAGAGCAGCUUGACCUCCAUGGACUGGCUGCCGCAGCUGACCAUGCGGGCGGCCAUUCAGAAAUCGGACGCCCAGAACAUUCACGGGCCGGGCAUGGCGAAGAAGAGCGCCCUGCUGGACCCCAACACCACACUGGACCAGGAGGAGGUGCAGCAGCACAAGGAUGGCAAACCACCGUACAGCUACGCCAGCCUCAUCACGUUUGCCAUAAACAGCUCGCCAAAGAAGAAAAUGACACUGAGCGAGAUCUACCAGUGGAUCUGUGACAAUUUCCCCUAUUACAGGGAAGCCGGCAGCGGGUGGAAGAACUCAAUACGACACAAUCUCUCGUUGAACAAGUGUUUUCUAAAAGUGCCACGCUCCAAAGAUGACCCGGGAAAGGGUUCGUACUGGGCAAUCGACACAAAUCCGAAGGAGGACACGCUGCCCACACGACCCAAGAAGAGACCACGGUCUGGAGAGCGGGCGUCCACGCCAUACAGCCUGGAGUCGGAUAACUUGGGAAUGGACUGCAUCAUCUCUGGAAGUGCCUCUCCAACGCUGGCAAUCAACACUGUGACUAACAAGGUGGCAUUGUACAACCCUGACCAGGACGGGAGUGACAGCCCUCGAAGCAGCCUUAACAAUAGCCUCUCUGACCAGAGCCUGGCCUCUGUUAAUCUCAACAGUGUGGGCAGCGUGCACAGCUACACACCAGUGACGAGUCAUCCAGAGUCGGUGUCCCAGUCCAUGAGCUUGCAGCAGGCCCCUCAGGCCCAGUACAACAUACCGGAACGCGACAAGCAGCUGCUCUUCUCUGACUUCGAAGAUCUCAGUGCCUCUUUCCGCAGCCUUUACAAGACUGUGUUCGAGCAGUCCUACAACCCACAGGGUCUGAUGGGUAUGCCCUCGGAGUCGUCCCAGCAGACCCACACCUCCUGCUCUUACCAACAUUCCCCCAGCAGCACCAUCAGCACCCACCCUCACAACAACCAGAACAGCAUCACUAACUCUCACCCCAACAACGGUAGCCAGGUGCCUCUCUCCCACCCCCCUCACUCGGCCCACAACUCGCCCCACGGACAGCACCUCUCCCAGCAUGGCCCUCACACCCAGCACAGCCAGCACCCACACACGGCGCUCAGCCAGCACAGCCAACAUCCCCAGCACAGCCAACACAGCCAGCAUGGGCAGCAUCCCUCCCAGCACCAGGCCCACGGCCAGCACACGUCGCAGCAGCAGCACCAGCACCAGAAUCUGUCCCACCAGCCUCAUCCUGCCCAGCAACAGAUGCAGUGCAACACCGGUCUUCCCAGUGACUGGUACCCCAACCUGGAUGCACUAAAAGAAAGCUGCCGCAUCGCCAGCAGCUACAACUGGGCUGAUGUUGAUCUGUCACCCUUCCAAGGUUUGAAAGAGAGCAUGAGGCAGGCAGAGCUGAAUAACUGGUCUCUCGAGCCCACUCAGAUUGCAGACCUCUGCUCCUCCAUCAAUCAGUUCUUUGCUCGCACUGGAAUCCAGCCACAAGGGGCAGUGCAACCUCCAGUGUGCCACGGCUCCAUGCAUCCAAAACCCAACACACACAUCAACACAGUGUGUUUUUCAGGAAACAUGUACAUGGACUCGAGACAGAGCUUGAGUUCAAUGAUGGGUCCACCAGGAUAUCCUCAUAUGCCUCCCAUGAGCAGCGCUGGCCCCACUAUGACAGGCCAUCACGCUCAAAUGAACCAGCAGCAUAUGAUGCCUGCUGGAAACUUCCAGAUACGCCGCAUGCCUGCCGAUGACAUCCAGGAUGACUUUGACUGGGACUCCAUCGUCUAACCCAGUCCCUGAGAGCGAAGAGUGGUGCAGACACAAUGAGAACGGAGCGUAUGGAGUCAGUGUGUUAUUGUUACAGAGCAAGAGGGCUGGACCUGAGGUGUCUGCAUGCCCACGACAGAAGGCAGAUGGAAAUGGGACACUUGAAAAAUAGUGCAGGUGUUGUUCAUAAUGACCUGAAAGAAACUCCUGUGUUCCUGGUGUUUUUAUGAAACAAAAACAAACAAAAAAAAGAUAUUACUUUGAAGACAAUCACAUUUACUAGGACAUGUUUAAGUGAUCGCUUUUAUACUUGUCCAAGGGGCAAGUGGUUUGUUAAGUCAAAUGUCUCCCGACCCACAGCCUCUCUGCAAACUUGCCAAGCUCGCCCCUGCUCUUCAACUGUUCUGUGAUUUUUCGAGUGAUUGCAUCCGGCUUGUUCUCCCCUCUCAUGGUGAUAAACUCAGGCCUCGACUGCCUAUCAGACAAGAUUGGCUCCCUCAUUUAUGUUGUGAAACUUCAUCUGAGAUGCAGGGCACUUUUCAGAAGAGGACCGAAGGUGCAGGUAAUGUGACACUCGAAGCACCUGCCGUUGUUCAGGCACAAGUAGCCCUUUUUGUUUUUGCUCCUCUGACCCUACACACUGUAAAAUGCAGACAUCGCCAUGCAUCCAAAUCCAGCAGAUUUUACUGAUUGUUAAGGCUCAUAAAGAAACAUGUAAGCCACAUUAACUGCAGUAUUUGUACUUGUGUAUCUUUGCUGUCUGAAGUGUGUCAUGUUUUUGUCACUAAUAGUUUUAGGCUAGUCUGAACGUGUGUGUCAGAAAAUGAUCUCGAUCCAGACCUCACUAUCGAUAUCCUCAUUGCUUUAUUUUUGCAUGUACAAUCCUCGUUCUGUUGACCAUCACCCGUCAACCUGUAGUCUCCCGAUAGGACUGCGUUGCUUUUUGAGUUCGUUUAAAGCCCUCAGGACCUGCCACAGAAAAUUUCAUGCAUUGUUUAGGAGCAAUCACUUCCCUGACUGGAGAUUUAUGGAAUACCGGAGAGCCCUGUUCGCGUUGCGAAAUCAGCCUCUGUGUGGCUCUUUACAGCAGUGUUGAGAAGGAGAUGAAAAUCACGUCAAGGCACAUUUGCUUAAUGGUCCGCAAUAAAAGAGCCCUCUUUAUUUUAACCCUAGGACCAACUGACAUGAAAUCGCUUGCUCUUUGCUGCACUGACAAGAACAUUUUGCAGAGAGCAUACCUUCACUUUAGCUUUUGAAUGCUGUGUGUAGCGUAAUACUGAGAGAAAGGAGAUCACUAAAAUACUUUGAUACACUAAUAGCCUUAUUUUGGAGGAAUGUUAACUGCUGCGUUUGAAAUUCUACUACUAAGAAGUUGUGCAAAGUUUAAAAUCACACACGUUCAGACCAUCCUUCGAAAAAACUAAACAAGAAAAACAUCUACUUGGAUGUAGGAACUAAACAGUAGCUGCAUCCUGCUCUAUCAAGUGUAGCGCCCUUAAGCAGCUGUAAUUAGCAUACUACAGUCUAUAUUUUAAGACGUUUAGUUGAAAGUAUCUGCUAACUUUACAAACCAGUGUCAUUUUAUCAUAUCAGUGAUAUUAUGGAAUAUCUGUGUGCAAUAUAAUUAAUCUAGGGCUAUUAAUGAUUACAAUCAUCUCUCUUAAAGAGCACAAAACUGAUGCACAAGAUCUGGACAAGAAUAGCAGAACCCAAAUUAGAAAUAUGUCCGGUCUUUGACCUUCAGCAGGGUAUUUCUCAGUUGGAAGCAGCACUUCGAUUAGACCAAAUUUUAGAGUGCAGGGCUGGUUUAGAAAAGCCAUAAAAUGCAGUUGAAAAGGGAAGGAGUGGAUCUCAUAGCUUGAAGGUUUAUGCACACCUUUGUCUUCAGUAGUUUUCAGUCGUCUUUAUGGGCUUUGUUUUGUUAUUCAUCAGAGUGUACGUGCUAAUAGACUUGGAAAAGUGAACUGACCUUAUGACAAUCUUUUUUUUUUUUAUGUAUCACAGUAUUCUAAACUCUCAAAGUAUUUACACUAGUCAUUGAGAUGCAUUGGCCUUUAUCCCUAAGACCCUUAAUAUAAUGGAACAGUUUGUCAUAUGUCCUUCAAAAAAACACACAUUUAAACCUCACAGUUAGAAAGAAAAAUAAAUUAUGGAUUACAUAAAAAAUAUGUAUAUUUUAGGACAAUUAAUACUUGGAGUUUUGAAAUCAAUAAUCAUGAAACAGUAUUGUUAUUAUAAUGGCACAUAAGUACAUCUUCCUUCCAAAAUUCCCAUUACUGUAAUCUGUUCAGGAAUUUUACAUUUUCUUUUUCUUUUAGUAAUUCCCAUUAUUCUCAACAAUGAUUCAUUAGAUGUUUUCUCAUUACUGUUAAACGGUAUUUGUUUGUAGUUUAAUCAUUAAAUUUACCUUAAAGGCAGUAGAACGUGUUUAGCUUUUUUUCCCUACUAGUAAUGAUAUUUUUACAGUCUUUACAUUAUAAUAUAAAACGAUUUACAAUUUGUUUGAAUUGGGGUCAAAUAUGACACCUUUUGAGAAAUUCACCCUAAAAGGUUUGUAAUGGUUAAGGAACCCAGUCAAACUUUCUUCAUGUUCAUGACAUUUCAGCCGGAUCUUCACUGACUCCUGUCCGCGAUCAGCUAUGUAGUUGGUUACAUAUCCAUGUACAUAUCCAACUGUCAGAUUCUCUGAUGCUAAUAU